CCGAGCCGUGCUCGCCAUGGCCAUCGCGCACAUCGCCACCGAGUACGUCUUCUCCGACUUCUUGCUGAAGGAGCCUCCGGAGACGCGGUACAAGGGGCUGCGGCUGGAGCUGGCGCUGGACAAGAUCGUCACCUGCAUCGCCGUGGGGCUGCCGCUGCUCCUCAUCUCCCUCGCCUUCGCCCAGGAGGUCUCCAUCGGUGCUCAGAUAAGCUGUUUUGCCCCCAGCUCCUUCUCCUGGCGACAAGCUGCUUACGUGGACUCCUACUGCUGGGCAGCUGUGCAGCAGAAGCAGGCAUCCCAGAACAACCUAGAAAACAUUCCCCUGUGGCUGCAUAAAUUCUUCCCAUACAUCCUUCUGCUGGUUGCUAUCCUGCUGUAUCUACCAUGUUUGUUCUGGCGUUUCACUGCAGCACCUCACCUCUCUUCAGACCUGAAAUUUAUUAUGGAAGAACUUGACAAAGCCUAUAACAGGGCAAUCAAAGCUGCCAAUAGCAUCCGUGGUGGAGACCCUCGGGACCCUACUGAUCUGAUUCCAGCUGCUAAUGAGAACUUGACACAGAGUCUGUGGGAAAUAUCAGAAAGCCACUUUAAAUACCCAAUUGUGGAGCAGUACCUGAAGACAAAGAAGUCAUCCAAAUGCCUAAUAAUUAAAUAUAUCAUCUGCCGUUUACUCACUCUAGUAAUUAUUUUCAUUGCAUGCCUCUACCUGGCCUACUACAUUAGCCUCUCCUCUUUGAGUGAUGAGUUUCUCUGCACUAUCAAAACUGGUAUCUUAAAGAAUGACACAACUGUUCCAGAAAUGAUUCAGUGCAAGCUCAUUGCUGUUGGUGUCUUCAAGGUACUCAGCUACAUUAACCUGCUGGUCUACCUUCUAGUGAUGCCACUGGUAGUCUAUGCAAUGUUUGUUCCUUGGAGGUGGAAUUCAGGUAUUCUCAAAGUGUAUGAAAUUCUGCCAACUUUUGAUGUUCUGAAGCUCAAGUCAAAGUCCUUUGAUGACUUAAGCCUUUACCUCCUCUUUCUUGAGGAAAACGUGAGUGAGCUUAAAUCAUUUAAGUGCCUCAAAGUGCUGGAGAACAUUGCAGUUUCUGAGAAGUUUGAUGUCAUGCAGCUUCUGGUAAACCUCGGCACUAUUAGGACAGAUACUGUGGAUGGAAAGCCAGGGACAGCUGUGCUGGAGAAGCCUGAAGAAACAACUAUGGAGGAGCUGGAAAAUAAUGCAACAGAGCUACAAGUUUUGACAGACCAUAAUGCAAGUGGCCACAUGAGUCCAAGAGAAGAUAAGAAACUUCGCCAGCGACUUACGGACUCUUCCUGCUGAUGCUUCCCUGCUGCCAGAGGCAGGAGCUUGGUACCACUGCAGGGUUUCUCCGCCUCCUCUGCCGCACUCAACACAAGGUGCUGCUCUCUGAGCACUGGAACUGUCUGGGCAGGCUGGCAAUGCCUCAGAGGCCAAACUGCUUUACAGACGACUUGUAUAGUAAUCAACAAUCAUGUACCUGAAAAAGCAUGUUGUAGGCUUUCAUUAUUUAUUAAAAACAAAAACGACACACAAGGAACAAGAAGAACAUAAAAAUGAGAUGGCCAUGUUGUGCUUUGAAGUAUUGCUCUGCUGGGAGCAGCCAUCUCAGUUCUGGGGUUUUCAUGAGGCACCUUGGGACUCUCUGCCCUGGAACAUGGGCAAAGGGUCUGUUUUGUUUUUUUUUUUUAAUGAGUCUGUUUAAUCUCUACCAGGUGGUGGCUGGCCACUGG